CAACACCAACAAAACAUACUGUCAAUCUCAUCUACCACUUCUCUCCUCAAAUCCAAUCUUCAUCACGAUGGAAACCACACCUCUCCUAUCACAUUCCCCUCCAUCGUGGGGUUCUCCUCCUUCUCCCUCCUCCUCGCGCACAACAGCCCUCACAAUCGUCUCCAUCGCAACCUCCACCCUCAGCUUCCUCUACACCCUCACAACCAGUAUCUGGAUUAAGUCCUCCCCUAACGCCCCCAAUCUCGACUGGGCAACCGGCGAAUGCGCCAAUUACGUCUUUAACUUAAGCAUUCUCUCCGCCUUCAGCCUAGCGCUGCACAUCGCCCGCCACCGUAAAGACCCUAUCGGGCCCUUUGCGUUCUUUGCGUUCACUGUUGACUUCGUUAUCGGCUGGUUCGGAGUCGGGAUUGCGGCACUCGGGUUCCAGGAGUUGUAUUACACUCCUGCUUGUCCGUCUGGUGUGAGUGCGGAUAUCGGCGUGGAGCGGGGGUGUAGGUCGGCGGUCGUGGAUAUUCUGCUGAGAUUUGGGUGUGCAUUUGGUGUUGCUCUUGGUGUCAUUCAUGCUCUGUUCGUGCUGAGAGCCUUCGUGAGUGCUGUCCGCUACCUGCGGCAGGGGUGUAGUACUUGGAGGUUCCCGACGGGGCAAUUUACUGUCGAAUUUACAGUCAAAGUCCUGCGUCAGGAGGAGGGGAGGAAUAGCGAACUACUUGCCCCUCAACCUUAAGCAGAUGGCCUUGGUCACUCAUGUUUCUACUACACACAUCCAUGGCCGGCCCACCUGGUUGAGCGGGCCACCCUAAAACACCAUACAAUUUUUCAGAUCAUGAUAUAUCGAUAACGAGAUUCUUUGCAUCUUGCAUUGAAAAUAGUCAUGACGAACUAAUAUGUUCAAAAUAGAGGUU